UAACUCAGGUGGGUGUGUCGAAAUUUGUCUUAUGUUUUUCUGCACAGAUCAAAUCUACAAAGUGACAGUCUCAUUUGCUGAGACCAAUAAAUAUGCAGUGUGUGUGUGUGUGUUUCUACUCCAGUUUCACUGUGGUUCCAGAAAUUCCUGUUUUGUCUGAUGGGAAAGGAAACGCACUGAAUGCUCCUGUUCCUCGUUGUUCCGUCUCUAAGGCCUCAAAAAUCUGAUUCACCCUAUAGACAGAACAGAAUGUGACAAAACCUGAACAGCAAAGUUCAUAAACUAAGAACAAGGAAAUAAACAACCAGGAAUUCUUUGUCUUAAUAACUGACAUCAGAAACAUCACUGCAGACUCAACCUGUUUAUUCAUUUGCACAUUUUCCCAUAUCUGUGUGAAUGAACUGAGUAUCUAUGGGUUUUGGGUCUUUCCAGAAGCAUUUUCCCCAGUAUUGAAAAAAAAAAACUGUAGCCUAAAUGAUGAACUAAUUAUAAAUCAAGAAGGAAAUAUUUGUCAGAUUAACUAGAAUCACCUCCUCCCUGAAUUCUUGAGUUAUGGGGUUUUGUGGAAUCACACUGACCUUAACCUUUGACCACCAAAUUCUAAUCACUUCAUCUUUGUGUGGAAGUGAAGUUUUGCACCAAAUUUGAAGAAAUUCCCUCAAAGAGUUUGGUGUUUACAAGAAAGAGACAAACAGCUUGAAAUUAUAAUGAUUGAUGUGAAGUGAAUAUGAGGCGUCUGUGGUCUCUGAGGUGCUUGAUCCUGUGGUACUUCCACACUUUUCCGGUCAGAGAUUCAGCUUUACAUGAGCUGGGCCGUGACUUUGAUUUGAUUGAUUAACCACUGCCUUCAAACAACAUCCCUGGGUUCAUCCCCCAGCGAGAGUCUCAGCCCUACAGGGUAAAAAAAAUUUAUCUGUACAUUUACCACCGAGCUGACGGAAACAAAACCCACAGAGACGAAGACUUCCUCCACCACACCUCAACUGUCUCACCUGGAGAACAGGAUUUCUAGUUUCAGUGUGAUGGCGGGACAGAAGCAGAGCUGGAGGACUCUGCAGCUCCUGAUCCUCUUCAGCCUCCUCGGCCUCACUGUAGAGUUUGAGGUGAAAGAGGAUGAUUGGGAAGAGCUCAGCCCCGACAUCGCUGCACUUCAUCACCUCAAAGACCUGUCUGCACACAUGUUUCGUGAAAGGAUCAAGGAACCUUCGAAAUCCAGGGACACAUCCAAGCAUGGAGCCAGAGUUGCAAGAUCCAGUAGUGGGCUGGACACUGACCAAAACCCCAUGAGUCUGCUGGAAGGAUUUCAGGGUGGUGACAACUUCACUGCAUAUUUCAUUGACAAGGAGCAGGACUUUGAGACCUUCAUGGCAGAUUUUGAUGAACAGAAGAAACAAGACUGGCUGCUAAGUGCAUCUGAGAUCUCACACAGCUACACUCAAAAAUUUCUGAUCAUGACUGACAAAGAAAAGUCAACGAUUGACAGAGUCCAGCAGGAAUACAGCAUGGAUCCUCUUUACUCAGUAAUAGUCAGUAAAGAUUGUCUGUACAAUGAAUCAUGUUUACCAAAAGCAGACGGCUACACUGUAGUGAAAAUAUUUGGAAAGGUUUCAGAAGAUGGACAAAGUGUGUCUGGGCUUUCUGGUUCAUCACUUGCAGAGCUGAUGUUGAAACCAUCACUUGAAGCUGCCCCAGUGUUCUCCCUGGACGGAAACACAACCACAGACUUCCAGCAUAACUUCAUUCGGGUUUUUCUGGUCCGUGGCAGCAACAAAGUCUUAGAAACUAACCAGGAUAAUCACCAGAUUUACCAGGUCAUGGAUCAACCUGACUCAGUUUCCAGCUACCGAAUUCCACAAAGACCAGUUGAUCACACCACACAGUACGACCACCAGCAGAUCCUCAUUCUGGAAGAUAAUCCUGCAGUCAGAAAAGCUGCUACUUAUCUUUAUGAAAAGCAUCCAAAGGUCAGCUCUGUCUACAUUCUUGAUCAAAACCAAAGACCAAAACUGAUCCGUGGGGACCCAGAGCCACUGUCAGAGGGCAGCAGACUGGUCCUGGUAGGUCAUGGAGGAAGAGACAGCUCAGGAGAGAUGAAACUGGCUGGGUACAGAGCCCAGGAUGUGGCCAAAAUCAUUCAAAGAACCUCCAGAGUCAGUGAUACAAUCAAAACAACAAGUGUGGUGGGAUGUGAGCUUGGAUCAGAUAAAGUUUUCAUUGAGACCCUGCUGAGAGAGCUCCAUGAAACUGCCAACAUCCAGACAGAGCUGCACCUGAGGGAUGCUGUGAUCCAGGUCACUCACACAGGACAGAAAAUUACCCAGGAAAUCACUCCAGAUGGGACACAAUGGAGACACAAAGAUGACAGCAAGAAAGUGGUGGCAACUCUUGACAGGAAUGGAGAAGUAGUUAUUAGAAAUGAGGCUGGCAGUAAAGGAGAGGCAGUUUUUACCAAUGAAAGAAACCUUCUAAUGGUUAACUUAUUUAAACGUCCUAAUGUACGGUUUCUCAAGUACAGAACUGACUGGCCACAAUAUCCAAGGAAAUUUAUACACCCAGCAUGGCAGGGGCAAAUUGGAAAUUAUAACCUUGAGGCCUUGACCUGGGCAUUCUUUCAUCCACACCAACUCCCUCCCAAUAAAGUAAACAUCAACAACAUCAACUUAAUGAGACAAUACAUAAUGCGAAACAUAAGAGUACCCAAUGAAAUUAAAUGGAUAGUAGAUAUGCAGAUAUUAAAGGAUGUUCUCUCAAAGUGCUAUAAGAUUGAAUCAGGAAAAGAUGUUAGAAACAUUAUCCGUCACUACGCAAAGACUGGAGAAGAUGAGCCCACAUAUCUGAUGGUUGAUGACUGGAUAUUAGUUGUAGAUCCUCAAACUCUGUACGUGUACCCAGUUGGAAAAAAACUUGACAACAAUCAAAUUGGAGAUGAGAAAAAAAUCAACAAAGUUAAGGACAGUAUUACUGAUCAGAUAGGUAAAGAAAAAUACCCUGACAUGCGAAAAGCCAUUCUAGGUGAUAAAACCAGUCCAGAAGAAAUAAGAAAGAUAAAAGAGAGUUAUGUUCAACAUGUGAAAGAUAUUUUUCUUGGUGAUCACACAACUCGCCUACCUCUGUCCACUGAGGCCUGGUUCACCACAUAUUUCACUGCAUCAGUUAUAUCUGAAUCUGCCAGAAAUUUCAGGACAUUUCCUCUGGUGCUGAUGGCUCUGAGUAUGGCUGAAAGCUCAGACAACAAUAUCAGAGAGAAAGGACUGAAUUUCUUUUUUGAAAACCACCCGAUGGCAAGAGGAAGGAGUUGGAUUGACCCAAGCAGGCGUGGAUUUAGUGGCUCAGCAACACAUGAAGAUUCCAGCAAGUUGAGUAAUAACAAUCCUAGAACAGAGGGUCAGUUAAUAUAUGACCUUAAACAUGUCCUACUCUUAGAACAUGACAUACUCACAAAGUGUACCGAAUGUAAUACACCAGAAUGGAUGGCUGGCAUGGCACAAAAAUAUAAGAUAUUUGAAGAUAGUUCAAAUACAGAUGUAUUCUUAGAAGGUUACAGAGAUUUCAAAGAAAAAACACCAUCUGGAGAUGAACCUCCAGCAUCUGGACCAUUAGGAGGUUAUGAGGAUGGCUCUGUAACAUCACAAGACUUGAAUUCUGCCUCAGAGUUAGAGAAUUCCUUCAGACUUGAAGAUUAUUUCUCCAGGGCAUCUGCAUCAUUUUCUGAAGAAGUCCACAGCCAACUGAAAGCAAAAUAUGGUGAAAGACUGGCAGAGCUGCAUGUGAGGGAGGGCAGUGCCAGAAUAGAAAAUGGACAGUUCAUAUGUCAGCUGGUGUCCAAGGGUACUGAUGCUGAACCUGUCGAGUUUAGGGCUGAGUUAUCUCCAGAGAGUCAAGAAUACACUGAAAAAAUGUUGAAGAGCAUCGACACAGCAGUUCAUGACAUGGAGACGCACAGUCCAGAAUCCUCCCAUCAAGUCAGCAAGUAUGUAGAGCACACUGGGACGGCUGUUGGUGCAUUAGGCCUCAUGCUGGGGAUGAAAGGAGCUGUUCAUGCUUUUGAACAGGGCGACAUCAAAGAUGGUGUGGUGGGAACUUUGCAAACAGCUCAUGGAGUGACAGCUAUGACGACAUCCGUUAUUGCAAAACAAGCCCUGUCCUCAGAGACAAGAAUCGGCAGAGCUGCAGGAGCAAUCAUGAGAAACCCUGCAAUGAAGGGCACCAUGAAAGUUAUGCCAAUAGUGGGAAUUGGAUUUGGGAUAUACAAUUUUGAACAAGACUUGGAGAGAGGUGACACACUGGGAUACAUUGACGCUGCCUUUGAUGGAGGUAUGAUUUUUUUGGAUGUUGUUGAAACUGUUCAGCCUGAACUGGCACCAUUUAUAGUGCCUAUAAACCUGGCUCUAUCAGCAGUUCGGAUGGCCUUUGAUGAUGUUUAUAUGGGCAUCCAGAAUGAACUGAACAGCCUCCCAAAGGAUGCUGGAGUUUUAGAUAAACUGGUGGCUGUGUAUGUUGGCUAUAGAAAAGGUAUUGAUCAUUUUGCAAUCCAUGUGGCUAGUGUGUUUUAUGAUUGGCGUCACGAUGAAAUUGAAGAGGGACGCAAACUUGUUGCUCAGAUAUCAGACUACAAAGAAUAUUACAGAGUUACAAAGGAAAAGGAUGGAACAAAAGCCAUUGAUUUUAGUGGUGGUGGUUCCUCUUGGAAUGGAGGAGGUAUUUACUUCUGCCUCGCUGAUCAGGGUCAGUCUGAGUUCUGCAUGAACUAUUUUGUAUCUAGUGAUGAGAGUUCUGGGAGGAGGUGUUGGAACAUCGAUACACAAGGAAGCAAUGAUAUCAUUCUUGGCCUGGGAGAGUCACAUCAAUUAGAGUAUAAGACACUACAGAAAAAAGUACUCAUGCUCAUACCAGCCGGGUCUGUGGAAGUGGUUUCAGGUUAUAAAGCUCUGUCAUAUUCAAGAUAUGGAAUAUACAAGGGAAACAGAGAUGCUAAUCGCUUUUUUGCAGUUCAGGAAUCAGAGGACAAACAUGUUAUUGAACUGAUGUUGAGUUACUAUUAUCAGCUUUAUGGUGAACCAGGUGAUGACAUAUUCUUCCUGGGUCCACAGAGAAGUUAUGCUGAAGGCUCUGGUGGAAAAGACACGUACGUCAUUCCUGACAAUGGAGGGAAAACAAUAAUUAACAACUACGAUCCUUCCAAAGCACAAGACACUCUCCAUUUCAGUGCUGAUUACAGUCACAUUUCUGUGUCUAAAUCUGGAGAUGAUGCAGUGUUAAUGUAUGAGGGCAGCCAUACUGUCAUCAUACAAAACUGGUUUUUAGGGGAGCUGUAUCGUCAUAUGAACAUGAUGUCAGGAGACGGAGUCUUAUUUGAGAUUUCCUCCACUGUGGUUACUUCUGUUCAGCUGGUGGCCACAGGAAUUAACAAGAUGUUUAAGAAACAGGGUGAAACAGUGAACACAUCACAGCCACUUUUACGAACAGUUACAAACAUCUUUGGGUCUCAGUAUGAUGACGUGCUCAUUGGAAAUGGAGAGAAGAAUCUGAUAGAUGGAGGAGGAGGUCGAGAUCGUCUGAUCGGUGGUGAAGGAGAAGACAUAUAUAUGGUGAAAAACAGCAAACAGUCUUCAGUGAGGAUUGAGAAUUACUCCAGAGACAAUGAAACAGACCUGGCCAUUAUAGAAGCAAAUCUUCACACUUUAAAAGUCAGAGUAGAAGGUAGCAAUGUUAUUCUGAACGCUGUCCAUGACACAACAACCAUCCAAGUGACUUUAGUGAACUGGUUCAGAUCACCAGAAGACAGACACUUGCUCAUCAUCACGAAGGAUCUGAUCACUUUCACAGUCUCAUAUAACAAGGCUGACUGCCAGCAGAAAGAUCCGUUCAUCAAGUGCAUAAAAAGUCAGAGAAUUGACUACAGCAGCUCCACAUCUCGUCUGGAGGUGGACCUUCAGGAGGACGAGGCUCUGAACAGUGUAACAGAGGUCCGUGGGUCAAAUUUUAAUGACAUCAUCAGAGGGAACAAAGAACACAAUGUUUUUGUCCCAGGAAGAGGAGACGACUUCAUUCAGGGGAGAGGAGGAGAGGACUGGUACAUUAUCACACCAGGACAAGGAGUAAAAACCAUCAACAAUCAAUCACCAGAUCUGACCUUGGACGUUCUUUUCCUGAAAGAACAAUAUGAGCAUGUAACAUGUUCUUGUGAAGGACAGAGCAUCAUCCUUUUGGUAAACGGAAGGAGAAGUGUUAUCUUACAGAAAUGGUUUGAGUCAAAGAAUUAUCAGCACCUGCAGAUCAAGACCAGUGAUGGAAUAACAGCUGGGCUGAUGUCCAACCUCAGCAGCUGUGGCAGCAAGUCUUUAAUGUUACCCUUAACUGUUGAUUACAGAAACCAGAAACCUGAACAACUUCAUUCAGUCCAAACACAAAUCCAGAAACGAUCAAUCAGUGUAGUGGAACAGCCCAAGUGUUUCACAUAUAGAAAUAAGAAUUCAGAUGAGAAGAUCCUCUGUGGCCUCGAAGGCAAAGUGAUGAUGAUGAAUAAAGUUGAGUCAGUGAAAGAAAUGUAUGGCUCCCCAGGUUUCGACAUCAUGGUUGGGAACAGCAAGGAGAAUUUGCUUGAUCCUUAUACUGGGGGUGCACUGAUGUCUGGAGGUGAAGGUAAAGACACUUACAUCAUCAAACAUGGAUAUGGAACUAACUUAAUGAUUGAUAACUUUGCAGAAGAUCAGAUUAUUGACACUGUGUUGGUUGACAUGGAUUUCGUUGAUGGCAGCGAAGUCGCACUGAACUCAUCAUCAACAGGAGAUCUGGAUGUGAUGAUCACAACAAAUGGGGAACAAUUAAAACUCACUCUGCUCAGCUACACUGAAGGUUACCAACACCAGCACCUGGAGUUUCAGAGCUCUGACGGAGUGAAUUUUAAAUUGAAAUUACUAAACUCAACUGGAGAUGUUCCUUUAUUUGAGAUUGAAGCUUUCAAAGUGACUCUGAAACAGUCGCAGACUGACUGCCGUUUGGACCUCAGCUCUCAGAGAAAUCUGUCAAAGGUCCAUACCGUUCAAGGCUGCCCCUCCCAGUCCAACGAUAUACUAGGUAAUGAUGAAGACAAUGCUCUAAUUGGUGGGUGGAAGGAUGACGCCUUGGAUGGAGGCCAAGGAGAUGACACACUGAUUGGAGGAAAUGGAGCUGACCUCAUGAUUGGUGGUCUGGGAGAUGACACUCUUUAUGGCGAGGAUGGAGAUGACACGAUGAUGGGGAACUCCGGCAGUGACGUCUUCAUUCCUGGACCAGGGGCAGAUCUAAUGGAUGGAGGUCCUGGCAGAGACACUGUUCUGUACCGGGGCGAUCAUGAGAAGGGUAAAGGGGUUUAUGUCAACCUGUUGACUGGACAAGGCCGCUAUGCUGAUGCUGAGGGGGACGUGUUGAAGGAUGUGGAGACUGUGAUCGGCUCCAUCUACUCUGAUAUCUUGGUAUCUGGUUAUGAAAGUUCCCUUCUCAAAGGCUCUGAUGGAGAUGAUAUCUUGGUGUCCACUGGUGGUGAUUACCUGGUCGGGGGUGAUGGAAACGACAUCUACAUAUUGGGUUUCCAACGUGGCUCAGUCACUAUUGACAACUGUGCAAAGGACAACGCCACAGAUGUCUUGUACUUAGGAUCAGGGUCACCACUGGCAUUUGACUGCCAGAUUUUACCUGACAGAGUUCUCCUGACUUUCUUUGGAUUAAACCAAGCAGUUGUUAACAUUGCACUGGAAGGCUGGAUCAGUGAUGAAUACAAAUGUGGUCACCUGGUGUUGGUUUUCAGAGAGGCAGAGGUGUCGGUGGACAGGCUGCUACAAGAGUGUCAGUUAAAACAGAGAGAAGAGGUCGAGAUCAUGAGUCACAAGUUGAGCCAUCUGUAUCAGUCUUGUCAUGAACAGCUUGUUCAUGUUGAUGAUUUGUGGAACAUACAGUUUUGACAUACUACAGAAGUAAGCUUGUAAUACAAUAAUAUCUUGAUUUCAUUUAUAAAAAUCACAGAAUGUUUUCUGUGAUUGUAGUUAUCCUGUUAAUUAAUAAUCAGUUUAAUAUAUUCACUGAAUCACAACAGCUAACUGUUAAUGAGCCUGUAAAAGAUGUAGAUGCUCAAAAUUUUAGCUACAAUCUGUUGUUGGUGAUUUGGUUUUGUCUCCUGAGCCUGUGCGGUUUAUGCUUUUAAAAUCACUGCCAAGUUUGAUUUUCACAAAUCCACUGACUUUCUUUAGUGGUGAAUGUUUCAGCAUGUCAGGGUUAGGUUUUCUCCUACACCUCAAAGACAUGGAAGAAGUUUUUUUUGCCACAAAACUACUUAAAUUAGUUAUAGUUGAGUUUCCCAGACCAUGACUUGUUUUGAAUGACAUCAGGGACCAGUGUGUAGGAUUUAGUGAUAUCUAGUGGUGAGAACGCAGAUUGGAACCAACUGAAUACCCAUCUCCUCAGCCCUCCCUAUAAGAGUGCGUUGGAGAGGCUACAGUGGCCAUCAACUACUGCAUCCUUUAGCCUUUCAAGUGACGAUCAACAAUACUUUUUAAUGCUCUCUAAUGUCCUCAUGUCUUUUUGACGAAAAAUUGUCAGCAUUAAUGUAGAAACACAGGACUCUGCUGGACAACAUGAGGCUCAUACAGGUCUAAAUUUCAACCAUUAGUUUAAAUUAUUUCAGCUUCGUUUCUAAGACAUCAUGUUUUGUCCAUCAUUUUGGUGCACAGGUUUAAAUUCUACAAUACCCAUGAUCCUCAGCCACUGUUGCCAUGGAGUUGUUUGGUGAUGCAUCACACUGCAGUCUUCAGUUAUCUGUCUGAGAAAACAAAAAACAUUAGAUAUUAGUAAAAUACUUUGGUGACUGUGUUUUAAUGACUUCCUGCUUUGACUUAUUUUGAUUCACAUCUGUCUGUUCUGUAUCUAUCACUGUGAUCAAAUGUUCAAUCAUCAUCCUUUCAAAUUACAAGUGACAUCAUUGUAUGAAUAUGUGAUUUAUUAUUGGAAAUAAAAACAUUCUAAAGCA